CUGACCAAUCAGUAGCCACUGUACUCAGCGCCUUCAUUCACGCCUCAACAAGCGGCUUUCUGUUAAAUUAGUCUUCAAUAAAUUAGUGUUAUUCUCGACUAGAAGACUCGCAGAUGAGGUGAUAGUUGUCCCAACAUGUUGAGGAGAGUAUCGCUGUUUUCUGACAGGUUUCAGCAGGCUAGCAAACACAGCGUGUCAAUGGGUCAGUUAGCGUUAGCUUCUACUUUAGCUAGUCAGUUAGCCUGUGCUGCAGGUCACUAGGUGAUUAGUGAUGCACUGUGAGAGAGCGAGUUUGCCAUAAUUUAUUUUUUCUUCACUUUUUUUUUAAUUUACUGACAUCUGUACCUCUGCUGCUUACGUCAGGAAGAGGUUGUGUCCCGCGCUGACGUCACAGGGGGACACUAGCACAGUUACAGUUGGGUUUAAUAGGAGGGAAAAAAAAAUGUGUGAUUCCAAACGUAACAACUACGGAGCCCUGUACAGGACAUGCGGGUAAAAACAACAACAACAACAAUAUAUCAUGGCCGUGAAUUAAGAAUUCGUUUCCACGACUUAUUAAUACCCUGUGCUAACAUGGAGUAUCCUCCAAGCAAGCGACAUAGAGGAUUACACAAUGAAGAUCCAGCUAUGACAGAUGACUUCGGGGAGGAUGAAGACUUUACGCAGGACGACUUGGAGGAAAUUGACAUCAUCGCAUCCCAGGCCAUCACAAGAGACGCUCAAGCCACAAGCAGCAAGAGGAGUUUUGCAUCCAUUUCUGUUUAUCCAGAGCAGAACAAAGCACCUGUAAGAGAGGGCAGGAAAACCUUUGCCAUUGGAAACAGCCAUCCUAGCAGCAGCAUGUGUAACAACAAGGAGCCUAAAAGAAAUGAUACAGCUGGAAAUGGCCAAGACAGAGAUGAACUGUACUACAGCCGCCUGGAAGCACAGCAAGCCGAGUUAAAGAGAAAGCUGAAAGAGGUAGAGGAGCAGAUCCUGAUGAAGAAUGGUGAAAUCCGGGUUCUGCGAGACUCUCUCAGACAGGCCAAUCAGGAGAAGGAUCAGCAGAGACAGGCUUGUCUCGAGCUGGAGAGAGACAGAACUCAUAUCCAGAGUGAAAAAGAGAAGGAGCUUUCUAAGAAGGUGGAGUCCUUAAAGUCUGAGCUGCACUUUAAGGAAGCUGAGAUGAAUGAAAUGAGGAGUAAACUGCAGAGCUCUGAGCGUGGUGCGAAGGUCGUUGGCACUCCUGUAAGAAACAGUGUGAACUCUCCUGGAAGUCGUGCGUUUGUGACUAAGGAGUCUUUCUCAGGAAAACUUCCAGUAAAUCCAUCAGGCCAGCAUACAGAGGGUGGGAAACAAAACCAGGGAAAAAGUGAUAAAGAGCAUACGAGUUCAGCCGCAGCCCAGGAUACAGAUGGGAUUCAUCACAAAGGACCUGCAUUAUUGAAUCUGCUGCUUCAGCACCCUUUGGAGCCGAGCACUUUAGGCCUUUGUCACUUGCUGUGCAUCAGUCCAGAUGCUCUACCUGCCAUAUUCACCCAGUCAGACUACACUAGUCCCGCAUCUUCAGUCGGUUCCAGCACUUCCUCCACAGACACCCGGCUGCUCCAUCAGCCUCGAGUGCACUUCUAUCAGCAUCAGAGUCUGGCUAUGUCGGGACUGGCCAUGUUAACGCGCUGUGCUUCCACUCAGCUCCUCAGAAAGUCCUGCCUCCCUGCUGUCCACCUCCUUCCUUUACUUCACUACCACAUCAGCCUUUUUUGCCAGACCCUCGAGACCACUGACCGGUCAGGAAAGAGUCCCCUUCAAGCAAGUGCACUAUCAGGAGCGUCAGACAGCAGCUCUGCUUCCACAGUCGAGGAGUCUUUAGGUGCUCAAGAGGAAUUCGCCUUAGCAGCUCUGAAAGCUCUUUAUCACAUUGUGUGUGAAAGCAGUGAAGCCGUAAGCUCUGUUGUGGGAGGUCAAGAGGGAAAAGAUUCAGAAAAGCCCAGUGAAAACCGACUCUGUCAGCCUCAGAGUACAGGUCACAGCAGCACUGCUGAGAAGGCAGGGGAUGAGCUACAAUCCCACAGUCCUCUGCUCAAGAAGCUCUUCCAGUUGGUGGAUUUGAAGUUUGUCAGUAACGCGAGUCGGAGAGAAGCUGUGGUGAAUUGCAGUCUCAGGACUCUGUGUGCGCUGGCUGAGAGAGCCGAGGAGAGCCAACUGUGGAGGUUUCAGAUGGUGUUGGCAAGUCAGGCUGUGACCCAAAACUUGUCUUUGGAAUCACCAUACAGCACCGUUUGGCUCUUUGUGAGAUUUCUGGCACUUCUGGUGGAUUGUGACAAAAUAGCAAACAAGCUUUGUUCUCAUAACUAUGUUUGCCCAUUUUUACGACUUUUCCAGUAUGUGACCUCCAGAUCAAAUAAAGUCAUUACUGAAGACAUGUGGGCACGUUUGGAAGUUGAGGUUGUCCGCUUGUUGGCCAAGCUGUUUACGCAGAAGACGUCGACAUGGGCUGCUCUCAAUGCUGAAUCCAGCUGCCCAUGCAGCAGUGAGGUGGUCCGGACGGUGGUGGUGGUCUUACACAGGCAGUGGCUGAGUAUCAAAGGUCAGGAGAAGCACAUAGCCGGUGGUCAGACGUGGACAGGUCCUGGUGUUCACUCACUGAAGGAGACUCUUAUGUUAUUGCACUGGCUCCUCCUGAAUGAUUCGUCUUUCUCUAUGCACUGUCUGGAUGUGUUGCACAUGUACCAUCAGAUCAUCCCAGCCAUCAGAGACACACUCCGUAGGAUUCCUGACCUCUCAGAGUGUGAAGAACUGGCCAUAGAGGAGAUCUGUCGACCAGAAGCUGAGGAAGUGGAAGAUAUGGACAUUGAUGCAGGUUCUUGACCAGAAGAAAAGAUGAAAACAAUUUUGACAAGCAUCCAAACAUGUUUCUUUUGGUUGUCUUUUGUGUGUGUGUGUAUGUGUAUUUGUCUGAAGGAGUUUGACAAGUCAAAGAUUCUUAUACGGCUGCUCACCAAGAUCCUUAAUUAAAGCAAAACUGAAAGUG